AUGGCUUUGAAGCUUGACCUUACUAAGGCAUAUGAUAGGAUGGAAUGGUCCUUUCUCCGGAAGGUGUUGAUCCGAUUUGGUUUUGCACAUGAUUGGAUUGAAAUGGUGAUGCAGUGUGUCAGUUCUAUGAGAUACUCCUUCUUAAUUCGUGGGAAAUUGCCUGGCUAUGUUUGUCUGAGUAGAGGAUUGAGACAAGGAGAUCCUUUAUCUCCCUACUUAUUUUUGCUUGGAGCUGAGGGAUUUUCGGCUUUACUGCAAAGGAAACAGGUUGCUGGUCUUUUGCCAGGGAUUGAAGAUGUCAUUGAGACAUAUGGGCAAGCUUCAGGUCAGUUGGUUAAUUUUAGUAAAAGUUUCGUUGUGUUUAGCAAGAAUGUAUCGGAAGAGAUGAGAGAGGAGGUCUCUAGUUUAAUGGGGGUUGAAGUGGUAGCUUCACAUGAGAAAUAUCUCGGGCUACCUACUUAUCUGGGGAGGAAGAAGACUGCUACAUUCCAAUACAUUAAAGAUAACUUGGCCAAGAAGAUAGAUGGUUGGCAAGGUAAGAUGUUAAGUGGUGAGGGGAAGGAUAUAUUGAUUCAGGUAGUAGCUCAAGCUUUACCUUCUUAUGCUAUGAGUGUUUUCCAGUUGAUAAAGAAUUUUUGUGAGGACUUGGAUCAAAUGUGUGCCAGGUUUUGGUGGGGCACUACUUUGGAUAAGAAGAAAAUACAUUGGAAGACUUGGAAUGCUUUGUGUAAUCUAAGGGAGGAAGGAGGAUUGGGAUUUCGAAGUCUUACAAAUUUCAAUUCGGCAAUGCUAGCAAAACAGGCAUGGCGGGUGAUUCAUUAUCUAAACUCUCUCAUUGUAAGAAUUUAUAAAGCUAAGUACUUCCCAGAGUCUUCUUUUUGGGAGGCUUCAUCCCAUGCUUCUCCCUCGUUUUCCUGGAGAAGUAUUAGUUCCAGUAGGGACCUAUUGAAGGAGAAUUCAUGUUGGCAGAUAGGUAAUGGGGAGGAGGUUAACAUAUGGUCAGAUUGUUGGAUUUCUGGUUUGCAAGCUGGGAGGCUGAGUAACAAUGAUUCAGCUAUGGGGGAAGUUAGCAAAGUUAGUGAUUUGAUUUCAGCUACGGGAGUUUGGAAUGAUGCUCUGAUUCGAAGGCUGUUUGAUAGGGAGGAGGCAGAGAUCAUAUUAAACAUCCCUCUUAGUCAUAGGAAUAUACUUGAUAGAUUGGUGUGGAAGAGGUUUUGGAAGAGGAUUUGGAAGGUUUUGAUUCCUAAUGCAGCAAAAGUUUUUGCUUGGAGGGUGUGUCAUGAUAUUCUACCAUCAGUGGAGAGGUUAGCUACAAGGCAUAUUCAGACAUUAUCUCUUACAGAGUUGGGGGUGUUGAUCUUCUUACUGUGGAGCAUUUGGAAAGAAAGAAACUCUCGAGUCUGGGAGGGGAAGAGUGUGUUGGCUUGUGAUGUUGUACUUAGAGCUGACACUCGUAUGCAAGAGUUUCGUGUUCAUAAUACCAACUUUGCUCUGGCUAGUGCUCGAAGAAGAAGAGUGCAAACAUGGGUGGCCCCAUCAACAGGAGUGUUAAAGAUCAAUGUUGAUGGCUCCUUUCAUCAUAACACUAGGUCUGGCGGCUUUGGUUUUGUGAUCAGAGAUUCAAGUGGUGCCAUGUUAGCCGGAGGUGCAGGCCCUUUAUGCGGACUGAUAUCAUCAGAACAUGCCGAAGUUUUGGCGUGUAGGAAUGCAAUUCGCUUUGCAAUUGAUCAUGGCUUCGUUCCAGCUCUUUUGGAGACUAACGCACAAGAGGUGCAGCACCAACUUGCUGCCCAAGCUAGUCACAAUGCCUCAGCCUCGGGACGUCUAUAUGAGGAUCUGAGUCUACUCUUGGAUCCUCAAAAUAUUUUGACAGUUAGCUAUGUUAGUAGAAUGGCAAUGUAG